GCGCUUCUUGAUCCUUCUCAUAUCAGUUGCUCAGCAAUUCUCAACUGUCUGAAAAAUGAAAAUGAAAAUCCGCCCUCUGUAAACUUUUAUUACCCGCUCUUUGGCGGUGGGGAACGACUGCAAUGUCUGAUAUUUAUUUAUAAAGGAAUUGAAGUGUGGAGCAAAUAGGAAGUGCCAUUAGUGCGAACAGAAAAAAGAACAGAAAAAAGGAAAGAAAAAACACGUCGAAUAAAUGACUCUGCCUUCAACAACACCUCAAUCGAGUCAACUGCAAACCAAUGAGUUUAUGGACAGUUUGUUACGAUCUCUAACAUCGAAUUUAAAAGAUGCUGACCUGCUGGGCUCAUUUUCAGAACAAGUUAUUUCAUUCUUUAAAGCAGUCAAUUGGAAUCAGUCAUGGAUUAUUGCUAUUCUCGCGUUUCAUGUAUUAUGCUUUAUAAUGGCUGUCUAUUUAAGAAACCGCCAUACGGCAAUUUCUGUCUACUUUUUUAUCUUAUUGGCAUUUGCACUCAUGUCACAGCCUUUGAAUGAUAUUGGAAUAAGGCAUUGGAAAAUAUUUUCAGAUCAAAAAUACUUUGAUAAAACUGGACUGUUUAUUGUAUUUAUCUAUUCCUUUCCUGUCAUUAUAAAUGCAUUAGUCGCACUGGCAUUCAUAUUGAAGGCGUCCGCUACAAUCCUUGUCCAAACAAAGAUCAUGCAAUUGAAACAGAAGAACAAUAGCAAAACGAAAAGAAAAAUGAACUAAUUAAAUAGUAAUAGCAUUUGUGUAGCCACAAACAUAUUAAUUUGUUUGACAGGAACCGUUCAAAUAAAAUGAAUCUUGCGAAAUGAGGAACUCGUAGCUAUUCCUUUUCU